AUGAUGCUGAUUUUACCCUAUCAUGAAACGAAGAUCUUUGUACGGUUUCUGCAAUUAAUAGAGGUGAAAGCCUUCCUUUCUAGCACACUUCCAAUCAUUCAGAAGGAUACAGAAGAGUUCAAAAGGUUUUGUAAGCUGCCAGAAAUAUUGAUAGAAGAAGUGGACUUAAAAAAUCAGGAUCCAGAAAAAAUUAUCAGAUGUGUCUUGGAUGCUUUUCAACCACCACAAAAUACUCCUACUAAUGGUGACGAGAGUGACUUGGAAAUAAUUGAUGAAGACAUGGAAAUAUCCCAUAACAUCUUAAACUGGUAUUCUUUGAUUUUGAAAAAUCUUGAACGCAAGUAUCCGGCGAGUUUUGACCAAGUGAUCAUCCCCGAGUUCAUUAAACUCUCCAAGCAAAAUAAAAUUGUCUUUGGUGUCAUGGAAUACAUUUUUAUGCGGAUCAUUGAAGACGUGCACAUAAACGACAUAACAAAGCCGUGGUGCAACGUUUGCAAAACACCAGAGACGGUCUUUGUUAGAAGGCUCUAUGAAUUGUUCUUAACUGGCUGCGGCAUUCCGACUUACGGCGAGAGCUAUGCGAGGCUACUCAAAUUGCUUCUGGGGAAACUUUUCUCAAAUGUCCAAGACAAAUUCAACUUUGUCGCCAACAUUGCUUGUGGUCACGUAUUGUUUGCAAUAAAUCCUGAUGAUGUUAUCAAUCCCGAAUUGCAACUCAGGAGUCUGAAGUUGCUCAUCAAUUUCGUGACUACCCAAGCCGACGCAAAGUGGAUUUACGAUUCCGACGUGUUAAUGCUUACGAUAUUGUUCGAUUUGAAUAACCCCCUGGAGCCUUUACGGGAGUGUGUCAUUGAUUUGGUCGGUAAACUGUUACGUUACGAACCGGACCAAAGUAUAAUAUAUGUGCAGUUGAUGACCGAACUCCUGGCGCACAAGGACGAGUUGUUGUUGGACCCCGAACAAAUAACACAAGUUCUGAAGACUAUUAUGACCCAACAAACGCCCGGUAACAAAAUGUUCAGAAAGAAUUGCAUGACGAAGUUGACGAGAAUUUUGAUCACCGACACACCGUCUCACAUCAAGUACAACUUGGUUAAAUUACUGUCCAGCAUGAACAGUGUAAAUAGUUUCCCUCAGAUUAUACCGUCGCUGCGUUCAAUGGAGAAGAUAUUAAUAGACGGUGACAGUAAAUACGCUUUCGGUAUAUACGAGUCCAAUCUAUUUAAAUCAGUGUAUGGUUUGAUUAAUGAGACGACUGUAACAACCCUUGAGAAGGAUCAGGUAUGGAAGUCCAUUGAACUCGCUCUGAAAGAAUAUCGUGAAUGUAUAUUGGAUGAGAAACAGUCUUUGACUAGUCCAUGCGUGUUAAUAAUGAAGGAGAUCGAUGAGGCCGUGUUCAGAAAGUUUCCUGAAGAGAGAACCAACGAUUUCAUCCGUCUCGUAGCAUCAGCUGGCACGUUCAGUGGAAAUCCGAAUAUUUCGUCAGCUGCAUCUAAAUUAAUGAAGAAAAUCCAUCUGGAUUUUGGUAAUUUUAAACCUAUUCUUGAAAAAAUGCUAAACGCAGUGGAUCCAGCGUCUGCCGUGCCCAAGAAAAAAAAGGUCUCUGUUCCAAUGCUGUCAUAUCAACUGGCCGAAACAGACGAAUGGAGAUUAGGAGUGACUAUCUUGGAAUACGUUCAGAACAAAAAGAAAAUGACGGUAGAUAAUAAUUUCGUCUCUAUUUUGUUCCAAUUGCUGAACAAAUGCUUGCGUUUCGAAGAACAAUCUUAUGUGGAAUAUACGAAACAACUUAUACUUUCAUCGCUGUGGUACUAUUGCAAGAAAUUCGUUAACGAUUCCGAUAAGGAGCAAUUGCAGUCACUAAAAAGCAUUUUUGACGUAGAGUUAGUGGUUCAGUGCAUAAGAGGAACGCAGAAUCCUCAGACUCAACAUCAUGCUCUCAUUUUGCUGUCACACGCGGCUUACAUGUUGCCUGAACAAGUCUUACAUCACACUAUGGAAAUAUUUACGUUCAUGGGAUCUUCAGUCCUAAGGCACGACGACGCUUACAGUUUCCAAAUAAUCACAAAGAUCAUAGAGACUCUAAUACCUAUAAUUGUCAAACUAGAUAAGGACAUUGAAGAUUAUACCGAUAAGGAAAUGCAGCAGUUGCAGAGUCGAGUAGUUCCAGUUUUACGAAUAUUUGCUGACGUAGUUCUACACGUCCCUGAGCACAGAAGAUUGCCGCUCUAUAAGAAGCUUAUUGAGACGCUUGGACCCAAACAAUUCCUAUGGGUAUUCCUUGCGCUCCUGCUAGAAACUCAUAUCGCCCAUUUCAACGAGAACAAGAAGAAGGAUAAAAGACAACAACGGACCCUAGCCGAUCAAGAGUCGCCGAUAAACAGACUCGAUUUCGGACAAAGCAUAGUGCUCGAAUUUUCACCGGAAGUCGGUCUAGAAAACUUUAUCAAACUGAUUACGUACGUAAAAUCACUGCCGAUGCAGAAAGACGAGAACUCAAUGGAAACAAACGUGGAUCCAAGUGAUAUAUUCAGCGUGAACAGCCACACCCCAAUCCAAUUGCGUCACUACAAAUACGUCAUUAUAACGUUUAUGAACACCUGUUUGGCUUCGUCGCGCUUCAUACAUCACUACGGACAGGCUACGGACGUGAAGGCCAUGGAAGGACUCUACAAGGCGUUCAUAAUUAACAUCCUGACUUUCAUACAGAGCAUAUCAAAAGUGAGUGAUGAGAAAGCGGCCAAGUACUGGCGGGUGAUGCUGCAUCACAGCUACGACCUUUUGGACCACACCAACAAUCUUCUAUCGGCGCCGAUGUUCCUCUCGGUCGUUCGCGGCCUUCUGAAACACACUCUGCAGACGGUGCGGAGGAAGUCGAUGGAGUUACUCAACUCGAAGAUACAGUUCAGCCCGGAGAUGUUCGCCGACGUCGACAAGGAGUUGCUGUUCUCGCUGCUGCCCGCGUUGCUGGAUAUCGUGAGGACUAUAGACGACAAAGACACGACUUUAAGCGAGACAGCUGCUCAGGAGCUAGAGCUGAACCAGCAGACGGCUCUACUGUCUCUGAAGCUGCUCGCUAGGACGUUGGCGGGUGAAAAUCCGGAGCCAUUCAAACCAGUCUUGGAAGUGGUUACGGACUACACCUGCGACCCGGGCAUAAGCGGCAACGUAAUGGCCUCCGUCGUCCUAUGUUUGGCGGAGCUUUGUGGAAACUUGAAAGCGCACGCGCUCGCGAGCCUGCGCAAGUUCGUGCCGGCAUUGAUCAAAGUGCUCAAGAAGCAACGCAAGGCGGACGUGCAAGAGUUGGUGCUUCUCAGCACCGUGACGGCGAUCUCGAAAGUGGUGGAAAGCCUGCCGCUGUUCCUUAGCCCGUACCUGCAGAAGAUCCUGUACGAGUACUCAAUACUGCUCGCCAAGUGGCGCAGCUACGACCAGGAGUGCAGCAAGGUGUCGGCGAUAGUGGCGAAACUUUCGAACAUAAAGAAGAAGAUCGCCGGAUCGAUACCGCCGCGUGUUUUGAUACCGGUGGCGAACGCGACCUACAACCUGAUCGUCGACAAGGGGAAGUACGAAGCGGUCGGUCCGGUUAUGUCGGUGCUGGCGGACUGCUUCGCUAACGUCACCGCGGCGGACUUCUCGGCACUGCAGCAGGACCUCACGGCGUUCUUCCUAUCCGCACUGCAGCUGAGGAGCGACGCAGUGGACAAGGAAGUGGCCGCCGACGUGGCGGACGUCGCCGAGGGUGAAGUUGUCAACGCGCUGGUGUGCCUGGUGCUCAAGCUCUCCGAGACGAACUUCAGGCCGUUCUACUUCAGGAUAUACGACUGGGCUAUUAGGACCAACAUCGAAGGCCACAAGGACAGGGCGAUCACCUUCUAUAGACUGAGUAGCGCCAUCGCGGACAAACUAAAGGGCCUCUUCGUGCUGUUCGCUGGGCAUUUCAUCAAGAACGCGGCGGAAUUGCUGGACGCGUGUAACACGAGCAAAAGCGAGCAGUUGUACUACGAGAGCGACGAAAAAUGCGUUUCCCUCGUGAGCCAUAUCGUGAGGACGCUGCACGUGGUGUUCUCAUACGACAGCCAGAGCUUCCUCAACAAGGACAGGUUCGAGACCCUGAUGCAGCCGGUGGUCGAUCAGUUGGAGAACACGCUCGGCGGGAUCGACGGCCUUAAGUCGAGGGCGCUAGAGCUGAUAAUCCCGUGCGUGGCGCAGUUCGCGGUCGCCACCGCCGACGACUCGCUGUGGAAGCUGCUCAACUACCAAAUACUUCUGAAGACGCGUCAUAACGACGCCGAAAUCCGGUUAAUCGCCUUGGACUGCCUCGUGUCGAUGGCAACACAACUCGGUAGCAGUUGGCUGCCACUGUUGGCAGAGAGCGUGCCAUUCUUGGCAGAGCUACUGGAAGACGGGGACCCGAAGAUAGAAGCGUCCACUAAAGAGGCCAUCAGGAAGUUGGAGCAAAUAUUGGGGGAGCCGCUCGAAAAAUACUUC